ACUUCUUCCUCCUCCUCAACCUCGGCUUGCCUUCACCCAUCGCGCGCAAGCUCUAAGCCAGAUCUCACUCCCUCGCCGCCGCCGACGCGUGAAGAGGAGAGACGGAAAUGGCGUCCGAGGGCGUGCUACUCGGGAUGGGCAACCCCCUCCUCGACAUCUCCGCGGUCGUCGACGACGCCUUCCUCACCAAGUAUGACAUCAAGCUGAACAAUGCCAUUCUCGCCGAGGAAAAGCACUUCCCAAUGUAUGAUGAGUUGGCCAGCAAGGGCAAUGUUGAAUAUAUUGCUGGCGGAGCCACCCAGAACUCUAUCAGGGUUGCCCAAUGGAUGCUUCAAACUCCUGGUGCGACAAGUUACAUUGGUUGCAUUGGAAAGGAUAAGUUUGGUGAGGAGAUGAAGAAGAAUGCCCAAGCUGCUGGAGUUAAUGCUCAUUACUGUGAGGAUGAAGCUGCUCCCACAGGCACAUGUGCUGUCUGCGUUGUUGGUGGUGAAAGAUCACUGGUUGCAAACUUAUCAGCAGCGAACUGCUACAAAACUGAGCAUUUGAAGAGACCGGAGAACUUUGCACUAGUUGAGAAAGCAAAAUACAUAUACAUUGCUGGUUUUUUCCUUACGGUCUCUCCAGAGUCUAUUCAGCUUGUUGCUGAGCACGCUGCAGCUAACAAUAAGGUGUUCCUGAUGAACCUCUCUGCUCCCUUUAUCUGUGAGUUUUUCCAUGACGCACAGGAGAAGGUUCUUCCGUAUGUGGACUACAUCUUCGGUAAUGAGACAGAAGCAAGAAUCUUCGCUAAAGUCCGUGGAUGGGAGACUGAGAAUGUUGAGGAAAUCGCGUUGAAGAUUUCCCAACUCCCUUUGGCUUCAGGAAAACAAAAGAGGAUUGCUGUGAUUACUCAGGGUGCUGAUCCAGUAGUUGUUGCUGAGGACGGACAGGUGAAAACAUUCCCUGUGAUCCUACUGCCAAAGGAGAAGCUUGUUGACACCAAUGGUGCAGGCGAUGCCUUUGUUGGCGGCUUCCUCUCACAAUUGGUUCAGCAGAAGGGCAUUGAGGACUGCGUGAAGGCCGGUUGCUACGCCGCAAAUGUUAUCAUCCAGCGUUCUGGCUGCACUUACCCUGAGAAGCCUGACUUCAACUAGGACCAAUCCAGCCACAUAUUGAGGAACAGUUAUCGAACAUCUAACCGAUUAGUGGUUUGGUGCGUUCUACCUGUAUCAUCUCGAGCUUUUCCAUAUUCAUCCGGCCAAUAUUUUUUUGCCGUAGUAUUUGUUGCACUGCUACAAACCCCUACUUUAUUCUCGGUAUAAGGCACAACUGCCAAUUGGUGUGUUAAUUUUGUCAUGUGCU